AUGGCGACCCAAGACGAUGGCUUCUCCUGCGGACAAUGUGGCGAGUCUGGCCACAUGACUCGUCAGUGCCCGAAUGACCCGGUUCCUCUGAGACCCCGAAACAGCAAUGCAGGCGACGCUUAUGGAAACGACGGCAAUGGCGGCGAAUAUGGUGAGCGCGCUGGUGGCGGUGACCGCGCUUGCUACAACUGUGGCCAGGAAGGCCAUAACAAAGCUGAUUGCCCCGAGCCUCGCAAGGGCGGUGGUGCAUGCUACAACUGUGGUGAAGAAGGUCACUCCAAGGCCGAAUGCACCAAGCCUCGCGUGUUCAAAGGUGCCUGCCGUAUCUGUGAAAAGGAAGGCCACCCAGCUGUUGAUUGUCCUGAGAGACCCCCCGAUGUUUGCAAAAACUGCCAGGCUCAGGGCCACAAGACGAUGGAAUGCAAGGAGAAUCGCAAGUUCGACCUCAACAUUGUUGCCGACAUGCUUCCCCAGGAAGCUUGGGCUUUAAUGAAGAAAGCAAGUGACGGAAGGGAUCUUGAUGAUUUUCGCGAGGCACUCAAAAUCUACUCCAAGGCAGUUCCCGAUGCCACCUGGGCUGACGUCGAGAAGAAGAUGCGGGAGGACGAUUUCAACAUCUACAUUAUUGCUAUGGAAGCCGAAGUUGACGACGUGAUCAGCCUUAUCGAUCUUCAGGGCGUGCUUGAUCGUGAGUACGUGAUCGGAUUCUUUUUCAGCCCCAAGGCAUCGCGUGGCAACCUCCGAGACCGCUGGCCUGCGGAUGCCGAGGAGAACCUUGAACGCAUGAACAACGCUGGUAUUCCCUACGAGCGCAGGGUGCCUAAGUGUCUGAACUGUGGAGAGUUGGGACAUAUCUCGCGCAGUUGCAAGGAGGAGCGCGCGGAGGGCAAUGACCGUGUGGAAAUCAAGUGCUCGAACUGUGAGGAGCUUGGACACCGCGUGCGCGAUUGCGUACGACAGCGCAAGAACAAGCAUGGUUGCCGUAAUUGCGGAUCUGUUGAGCAUAUUGCUUCUAAUUGCACCGAGCCCCGAUCUGCCGAAGGCGUUGAAUGCCGCAGAUGCAACCAAACUGGCCAUUUUGCUAAAGAUUGCCCUAAUGCUACUGAUCGUCCCCCUCGUACCUGCCGCAAUUGUGGAUCCGAAGACCACAUCGCUCGCGAUUGUGACCAGCCUCGUGACGUUUCCACCAUCACCUGCCGCAACUGCGAAAAGACCGGACAUUACUCUCGUGAUUGUGAUCAGCCGAAGGAUUGGUCGAAGGUUCAGUGCAAGAACUGCGGAGAAAUGGGUCACACCGUGGUCCGUUGCCGUCAGCCCAAGGCGGAGGAGCCUCAAGACGAACCCGCUUACUCUCCAGGCUCUCCUCGACGCGAAGAACCUGAUCUGCUGGGCCCGGAGGCCAGUGAUGAAGUGUUUCAGUUCAAGCGUCUUGACGACGACAACUGGUAA